GUUAUUAGCAGAAAGCUCUUUUUUAAACAAUAUAUUUCUUGACAUUUUCUUAUACACAUACACUUGUAUAUGUAUACACACAAUUAUAUCAAAUAUGUAGACCUGUGCCUCAUUAACAAAGGCACCUGCUGUGGUACAGGUGUGGUAAACAAAACAAAACCAAAUUGAAGCUGCAAGCAGCGAUGAACGGGCCCUCGCACCUUCACGCAACUCAGGGGGGCUGGCAGGAGGCCUUCUAGCACGUCAACUCAUUUCUGUCAAAGUUAGACAUUGCAUGCAGGAGUGACUUGGCAUAUCCUUGAUACAGUGCUGGAAUGACAUAUUUUACAUUUUGUAUCACUUCCUCUUUCCACUAGAGGGAGUUGGAGAGCGCACUAAUUAUACAUCAUGUUUUUAUACAUCAAAUAUACACCACAGCAUUUAACUUUCAGAUAAAUCGAAAGUUAAGUGUUUGAUGAGACCUACUUCCUGUCACCACUAGAUGGCACUAUGAUGAUCAGGAAAUAUGGUUAUGUAAAUGUGUUAAGGGCAGGACCAAUAUGAAUCAUGUGAAGUUUGGUGGAUAUCGGACCAUUUACGCCAAACUUAUAGCAAUUUCGUUUUUCAUGGCGAGACCUCAAAAUUCAACACUCCGCAGCGGGCACGCCAUUCAACAUUGGGCAGAUCCUGUAAUAACUUUUGGUCACAACGUAGUCACGCUUACAUACACCAAAUUUGGAGCCAAUCUGAUUAAAUCUGUAGGACAAGUUUGUUAAUUCACAAGCCCUAGAAAUGGGCAAAAAUACACAAAAGUGGCACAAGUAAAUUCAAAAUGGUGGACUUCCUGUUGUUCCUUGGAGCAUGGCUCCAAGAGGCUUUUGUGUACGUAACAGAGUGUUACAGGUGCCUACCAAGUUUCACACAUGCAGGUCAAACCAGCUUUGGGGGCUGCUUAAUUGAAGUAUUCUAGGGGGCGCUGUUGAGCCAUCUUGGUGCGUCAAAGCACAAAAAUCACAUCAGACAACAGGACUUGCGACCUGUGAUAUGUAUACCACGUUUGGUGAGUUUUCAAGCAUCCCUUGUCCCUUCAAAACAACAUCGUGUUUGAUGGCGAACAAGGUGGUGCCAUAGUGACAGCGUUUGAUGAAAACUGAAAAGCUUCAUUUUUAAGGAUCAUCAAGGUCUAAGGACUUAGCUCAGCAAGUUUGAGGUGGGUCUAAUUAACCUGCUAGAAGACGGACAUCAAAAAAUGUAUAAAGUAACUUUCUGUUGCCAGAAGGUGGCGCUAUGGCGGUGAUUCAAAAUUCCUCUGUAGAUGUGUUCAGGGCUGGACUGUCAUCACAUGUGUGAAGUUUUGGCAAGAUAUUCCCAUGUGGAGUCAAGUUACAGCAAUGUUUAUCAUCACUGCGAAACAUCAAAGUUCGCCGCCAGGCCGUGGCCACACCCUUCGACGAAAACUGACAGUUCUCACAAUAAAGCGUCAUCAACGUCUUAUGGCUUAUUUGACCAAGUUUGAGGUGGAUCUGGUCUAUUCUGUAGAUGUACAUUAAAGUCUAAAACAUGACAUUUCCUGUUGCCAGUAGGGGGCGUUAUGUUUAUCUCUAAUUAUUGACAUGUAGAUGUGUUCAGGGCGGGACUGUCAUCAAUCCUGUGAAGUUUGGCCAAAAUUGGACCAUGUAUGCUGGAGUUAUAAACUACUUCCUGUUUAGUGGCAAGACCCCUAACUUUGACGCCAUCCCACGGUCACACGCAUUGACGAAAACUCAAGCUUUUGAUAACUUUUCAUCUUCAAGGUCUUGGGAUGGGACAGACCAAGGUUUGAAGUCGAUCGGAUGAAAUCUUUAGGACUAGUUCGCUCAUUUAUGACCCCUGGAAAUGGCCAAAAAUGCACCAAAAUUGCACAGUAAAUUCAAAAUGGCCAACUUCCUGUUGGGUUUAGAGCACACCUCCAAGAGGCUUUUUUGUACGUCUCUGAGCGUUACAUAACCCUGCCAAGUUUCAUACAUGUAGGUUAAACUAGCUUCAGGUGCUGUUUCCUCAAACUUUUGUAACUUAAAUGUUUCUAGUAAAGAAAAUAAUGUAAGGGCUUUCUUUUCUUUAACAAGACUGAGGGACUUAAGAGUUUUAGCUCAUUCCUCCAAUGAGUCUUAAAAUAUCCGCAUUUGUGAAUGAAGAAUUUUCCCAAUAACACACCGGGGUGAAUGUUGUGGGAGCCGGGAUGUAGGGGGGGACACGCCAGACAUGAUUCACAAUAUCACGAUACGGUGAUGUAGUUAAAAUAAAUCCUCACCAUCUUCUUGUUUCCCUUUCUCUUUCUCUCAAACACACACACACACACACACACACACACACACACACACACAGCAAUUAAAUAUUCAGUUUAUUUAAACCCUUUUUGUUUGUGACAUGAAAAAAUACGUUAAUUAUAUUAGUUACAAAGGGUGAAAAGAUGAGUUCUAACUAAAAGUACAAAGUGUGAAAGUGCAAGCGAUUCUCACCCAACAUUCACCUCCACACAUGCACGCGCACACACACACACACACACACACACACACACACAAUUCACUUUGCGUCAGUUUCUCCAAAUCACCUUAGCAUAUGGGGUGACCAUUAUGGAGUGAGCUUUUAAGCACAUAGGCCUACUACAAUCAAUAAAGCAUAAGUUAUGAUUUGUACAGUUUUCUUUAAAUACAGCUUUUUCCAACGUUCAUUAGUUACUCACACCAAAGAGUGCAUUUACAGGAACACCGAGACCUAUCAUGGACUUUGACAUCAUCAAUCUAACGGACGAAGGUUAUCUCAUGAGCCCAGAGUAUAACAACCCGUCCGACUGUAAGUCUUGUUCUCGUUGAUGUUGUUAACGCACAUCUCAUACACAUUUAUGCAUCUAAUACACAAUAAAUUCCGUUGUUUUUGUUUGUUUUACAGUCACAGUCGAUGAUCUGGAAGAGUUGAGCGAAAUCAUUCGUCAAGCGGAGGCCGAAGAAACUAAGCACUCUGCUCCGGCGCCGAUUCCCUCAACAGCCGACGUGGUUAAAAGAGCUGACCCGGUCCAACCAUCGUCUCAGACCGCUCCGGAGCAUGCGAAGGACGCUACACGUCCUCCUGUACAAACGCUACAUUCUUGUGCACCCUGGAGGAAGAGGUGGCGGACGCCCAGCAGCAGCAGCAGCAGCAGCGACAGCAACGGUCGACCGAGUGUUUCUUGCAACGGUCGUAAAACCGGUGAGUCAAAAAAACCUUUUAUUUUCUUUUUUAAAAAAAGUAAAAACGCAGGAUCUGUGUCGGCCUCACACUGCAAUGCUACAAACAUGAAGUUGGACCAUUAUCGAUACAUGUCCGACGUGAAACACGCGUCGGCACAUAAACGCCCCCCCCCCCCAUCCAACAAACGUACAUUGCAUAUGUGAUAUAGGUCCGAUGUGAAACACGCGUCGGCUCAUAAACGUUCCCCCCUAUCCAACAAACGUAUAUUUCAUAUUUAUUACUUGUUUUAUUUCAUUAAGAAUACAAUUUGAAUAAAAUAAUGACUUUUAAAAUGAUCACUUUGCACUAGAUGCGCUCCCUUUUAUCCACAGCUCAUUUUCAUUCACGGCUUCUCAUUAUUAUUAUUAUUAUUAUUAUUAUUAUUAUUAUUAUUAUUAUAAUUGUUAUUUAUCGCCGUUUCUUGUAUUUUGUUCUUAUUUGGCAUGCCUAGUUUUUCAGGUCUAAAUUUUUAAAUCUUUAAUCCGACUCUUUCCCCUUGACCGCUGUAACACCGGAAUUUCUCAAUUAUGGGAUCAGUAAAGGUGUGUCUUCUCUUCUCUCUCUCUCUCUCUCUCUCUCUCUCUCUCUCUUUCAGCAGAAAGACCCAGAAAAUGUACGCAUAGUUUCAAAUGUGCGACCUGUCAGAGGGAGAGACAAGAAAUACAUCUUCUCGUCGGUACUACACUAAGGACCAUGAGUGAUAUCCUCUUUGUGAUGGGCCUUGGUGUUUGAGCGUAAGUUUUGUUUUUUAAUUUUAGUUUUAGUUUUGUUUUCUGUAACCACGGAUGAAAGCAACCGCCGUCCCUCAAUACUUGAUGAUGCAUGAAUUAAAACCAGAAUGUAUUAAAUGAAACUCAGGAACCCACUCAAUCUUUAUGUGAGGAACAAGAAAAUGAUAUAGAUAUGGGAUAUAUAGCUAACCAACAAACAUAUAUUUCAUAUUUAUUACUUGUUACUUAAUUUAGCAUACAAUAUGAAUAAAAUAAUGAAUAAUCCUCUCUCUCUCUAUUUUUUUUUUCAGCAAAAAGACCCAGAAAAUGUACGCGCGACCUUGUCAGAGAGAGAAAGAAGAAAAUACAUCUUUUCGUCGGUACUAUGCUAAGGGCCAUGAGCGAGAUCCUCUUUGUGCUAGGCCUUGGUGUUUGAGUGUAAGUUUGGGUUGUUGUUGUUGUUGUUGUUGUUGUUUGGUUUUUUAAAAUUUUGUUUUUUAUUUUCUGUAACCAUGGAUGAAAGCAACCGCUGUCCCUCAAUACUUGAUGUGAUGAUACAAGAAUUAAACCAGAAUGUAUUAAAUGAAAUUUGAGAACCCGCUCAGUCUUUAUGCGAGGCACAAGAUGUAGAAAUCACCGACCCACUCACAGACAUCAAUAUGGCUAUCGCAGAUCUUGAUCAUUCUCAAAGCAUUUUAAACACCAUAAAUCAAUGUCAAGACUUGCUAAAUCAAAUACCCUCGUCCUCUUCAAACAGCAUACCCACGCGGUACGACUCUUUAAUCGGAGAACAAAGCCCCGUCAUUUCUUUUAUCCCUGACCCGUUCUCAGAUAUUGAUGUUGCUAUCGCCGAACUUAAUCAUACGCAAGCUGUUUUAAAUACGAUAAGCCAAUGUCAAGAUUUGUUAAACCAAAUACCCGCCAAUCCCUCAACCUCAAACGACACGAAUUUGCAAACCGAGAACAGACAUAUAACAAUCAAAGUGCCCAAAAUCAAACGAGCGUCUUUAACGCCAUAGACAACGCCGUAAAUCGUUUAGAAAAUGUCCAACUCGCAACGUCCGACCGUCAAAAUCAACAGUGAGGGAGUAACGUAGAGGACGUUCGUUCGGAAAAUUUAGAACAUCAACACACAUCGCAGCGAGAAAACUCGCCUCAAAAUUCACCCUCGUCGAGGGUGGUGACGCGACCUAGAUUUAACAACGUUGAAUCCAGCCAUCCGCUCAACAUCAACAUUACUGAACUACAUCGAAGUACGGCUGAUUUUGGUGAAUUUUACGUCAGGGUGUUUACAGAGAUGGCGCAAGCAGUGACGAAAGUCAUUUCACAAGUCGAACGACAAGAUGCGGUGCAGCUCGAGUUGAGAGGCGAUACUCUGCCUCAAGGCGCGUCCUGCGUCGUGAGCGGAGAGGAGUUUGAUUUAACUCACUUACAGUCUUUCCUAGACCGCAUUGUGCAAUCUAACAUGGCUGUUAAAACCGACGGUAAUUUGGUAUUCACCGUCCAACUCGUCAAAAAACCCUGAGGCGGCGGUCGAAGACUCUUGUCUAAUACCUUAGACGGCAAGAUUAUUAAAAAAAAGCGUCGGUCUCUGCGGGUCGUAAUCAACGGCCACGACAACCAACUUUGUUUUGCGAUUAAUUUGGCUCACCUGCCUUACCCCGAUAUCGUCGAUAGCGAAGCGUUUGCGCUCGGCAGAGACUUUCAAAGUAAGGCGGCUUUGAACGAUCAGACCGCGGUAACGUUCGGCGACAUAGUGAAACUGAAACUCAAACUCUCAAACUGCAAAAUUGUAGUGUUCUUCAGAACUGACGACGCUCGAACGCUCUCUAAAUUUGCGACCGAUUCACCGAGAAGACAAAAGACGGUGUUUAUGUUUCUGUUGGAGAUGCAAAGAUGCAAAAAAUGCGACAUGCUAUACUACAUCGCUAUGAACGGUAACGGUAAACAACACGCAUGUCCAAAAGUCAAAUGUAAAAUCUGCGGCGUAACCGUAGAAAAGACGAGAGCGAGGAGCACCUGUGUUACAUACGGCGUUUACCCGUCGAGACAAAACAUACGGAGAAAUUGAUUUUCUACGAUUUUGAGACGUACAUAGACUCGUCGGGAGCGCACGUCCCUUUUCUGGUGUGUACGAAAACCCUCGACUGCAAAAGGUGGAAUGCUCAGGGCAUAGAUUGCGCCAAACAGUUUAUUUUGUAUUUCAGACGACCCGUGUACAGAAAAUCCAUCUUUAUCGCUCACAACGCCAGAGGAUUUGACGGAUACAUUGUGCUCAACGCCAUGCUGUCUCUGAACCUGAAGCCCGAGGCGCUCGUAAUGCGGGGAAGCAAAGUCGUACGUUUCACCGACCCCGAUUACGAACACAGAUACAUCAACAGUCUCAGUUUCUUGACGUGCCGUCUGUCGGCUCUGCCCAAAGCCCUAGGUUUUCCUGAUAAAAACAAGGGUUUUUUUCCCCAUCGAUUUAGCUCCGAGAAUCAUUUAAAGUACAUAGGCCCCUACCCCGAGCCAGAGGCCUACGGCGUCAAACAAAUGAGCAGAGAGGGCAAGAGAGAAUUUGAAGCGUGGUACGAGACGGUGCGUCAUGGCAUGUUCAAUUUUGAGAAAGAAGCCGUCCGCUACUGUCAAAACGACGUGGAUAUUCUCGCGUGAGCCUGCGACAUUUUCAGAAAAGGUUACAUCGACGAAACGGGCGUGGACCCUUUCAGUUGCGCCACCAUCGCUUCGGCCUGCAUGAAAGUGUUUCGCACAAAUUUCCUACGUCGUGACACCCUGGCCAUUCCUUCUCCCGACGACUAUCGAAGACGUCGCAAAACCUACUCAAACGCCGGCGUUCAGUGGUUAGAGUGGGUGGCGCAUACCGAGGGCGUCUUUAUUCAGCACGCGUUGAACGCGGGUGAAAAACAGAUCGGUCGCUACUUUGUAGAAGGUUACGCCGAGGUCAGAGGCGUGAAAACGGCUUGGGAGUUUCUGGGUUGUUUUUAUCACGGUUGUCCGUCCUGCUUUCAGCCUCAUGACAUCUGCCCUCUGACGGGCAGACCGUUUGACGAGUUGCACGCCUCCACCGUGGCGCGAAUACAGAUGUUAGAGUCCGUCCACGGUCUCAAGGUGAACGUGAUGAGAGAGCACAAUUGGCUCGAGUUGAAAAAAUCCCAUCCGCCUCUGAGAGACUUUCUCAAGCGUGCCAAAACCCCCCGACCUUUGUCACCCCGCGACGCUUUGUACGGCGGUAGGACGAGUGCCGUGAGGCUGAGGUACACGGCGGCGGCGAACAAAACCGUACACUACGUGGACAUGACAUCCUUGUAUCCCUACGUUAACUGCGCCUUUCCCUAUCCUCUAGGACACCCUGAAAUAGUUUACCGAGAUUUCAAAGAGCCGCAAAACUACUUUGGGUUAAUCAGGGCCGUCGUCUACCCUCCUCGAGGUUUGUUUUUCCCCGUGUUGCCCUACAAAACACCCUCGGGUAAACUGGUGUUCACCCUCUGUCGAACGUGCGCCGAUCUUAAUUUUCAGGCCGGCUUGUGUACCCACGACGAUGAGGGCAGGGUAUUGACGGGGUUUUGGGUCACUCCUGAAUUUAACAAAGCCUUGGAGUUGGGGUACCGCCUAGGUAAGAUCACAGAGGUGUGGCACUUUGAUAGACGCAGCGACAACGUAUUUGUAGAGUACAUGCACACUUUUCUCAAGGGUAAACAGGAGGCCUCGGGCUACCCCGCCGAGGCCUCGGAUCCGGAGAGUAGACGAAAGUACAUUGCGGACUAAGGGGCAAAUCAGGGCAUUUUGCUGGACGCGGACAAAAUUCAAUCGAACCCGGCUAAAAGACAGGUGGCUAAUCUCUGUCUAAAUAGCUUAUGGGGAAAGUUUGCCCAGAGAAGUAACCUGAACCAGACCAUGCUCAUCAGGGAACCGGAGGAGUUUUUCAGUUACAUGUUUUCAGAAAAACACAAAGUCAAAUACUUUUCCUUCCUAAAUGAGACCACGGCUCUGAUUCAGUGGUGUCAUGGCGAUCGGUAUAUCGCACCCCCCAACAAGACGGACAACGUGUUUAUCGCGGCAUUCACCACAGCCUACGGCUGUCUAAAGUCGAAACCGUCGGAGGGUGGCGUGAAGGAGAGCGAGCAGAAGAAGAAGAAGAGGAAGAAGGAGAAGAGGGGGCCGUAGCGCCGGUCAAGAGGGAGAAAGGAAAGCGGAAGAAACAAGAUUUAAUUCCGUUUGCGGAGGAGGAGGAGGAAUGGGUUACGCUGUUAAAAAGGAGUGAAAGAAAAAAGUGGAAAACGGCCGCUCGUUGGAUUAAUUAUACGGCGUGAUAAUUACUUUAAUAAAAGAGUAGUACAAUAACAACAACAACAACAUUGACGUUUGUCUUGUCUUUUCUUUUAAUUCUUAAACAAGUUGUAACAAUCUUUGAACAUUUCUAGAGAACAGGCAGUGUGGUAAAAAGAAUCUGCUUGUUGAAUCCUCGUACAGCGUUGAUAUUUUUUUCACAAACUUUGAUACCAUUUCAUCAUUUUUUACGACGUCGUCGUGAUACAGAGAUAGCACGCUCUCAAAAGGUAGCCCGCAGGUCCUAUGACAUAAAUAAUAAACACAAUGCUGUCCGCAGGCGGUUGAUGCAAUGUCUUGAAGUUGUCUUUUCUGGUACAGUAAUUUUUUCUUACAACGGCUUUUUAAAAACUGUAACACGGUUUUCGGGUAAUACACAAAGUUGGGCGGCAGUCCGAAUGCGUCGAAAAAAGUGGCGCUCCCGUCUUGGUCCAGAAUGAGCGCUAGCCAGUGUUCUCUGGGCUGAUGACUGGGAUGCGUGUUGACGAUUAUGUAGGCGGGACGUCUGAAUGAGCGCAUCGGCGCCGGUAGUUGGUCCGAAGCCCACACGCCGCAAAACGCAUCUCCCAGUAAAUGUCGCAUGACGCUUUCCAGUUGGUGGUUAUUCAUAUUCUUUCUUUUCUUUCUUUCUUUUCUCAGUAAUAAUCCACCAGCACUUAACGUUUGGAGUUGAUCUCCAAAAUACUCUCAUAACACGCGUACACGAUCAGAGUGGUUGUAUGCGGCAGAGGAACUCUGAAUCUCAUUUCCAACCUCAAGCACCCGUUGGAGACGGGGGACAAGGCGUCUGCGUCUUCGGCCGCGUUGAGAUUAAACACAAACAACGAGUAACCCUGGUUAAAAUCCUCCCUGUCGAUGCCCAGCGGCAAAUCUUUAUACAUACAUGUUGUAAAACUCUCUGACCGACUGGCCUUGGUCGAAUUGAGGCUGGAAAGCUUUGGCAGGCACCUGUCUGCCGUUGUGUCAUAGGGCCAAGUAUUCCACAUCGUUGUGAGCAAAGUUGAAGGGCGACAGGUCACUUUUUCCCGUAAAGGCUUCGUGGUUCACUAUAGCCAACACUACAUAUUUCGGCAUCGUGCCCAAAAAGAGAUUUUCUUGAUUACAUACGAGUAUUUGCCGGGAUGGAGUAAGUUUUCACGUUGAUGCGGGACAAAGGAUAGAGCGCAUUACCCCUCAACAGGGCCGCUGCGUGACCCAGACGCACCGCGGGGGAAACGGUCGUUUUCUUGACAAACAAAGAAGCGCCCGAUGUUUUUAAUUUAAAAUGAGCGUUAGCGGCUUGCAUGAGACAGAAGACAUCGCUAUCACGGGUCAGUUUAAUUCUCAGAUCCACAGAGUUCAAGAGAAGCCUCUCGCAGAAAAGUAUGUCGGCGUGGAGAGGGCCCAGCAGGUGAAGCUCGCGGGAAUUAGCGGUGAACUGAGCUCUCUUCACCAGACCUUUGUUAGGUCCGUUAUUUGUCACCACAGAAUCCAUUGAGCCUGCCGUGUCUUUGUAAAAUAACCCGGCAGUAAACUGACUUUUUAGAGAAUCUUCUGAAAAGUUGAGGAGGGUUUCGAUCAUGGCUCUGUACGGGUGAGUGGCGCUGGACUGCGAUAUCAAUCUGUCGCCGAGAAUAACGUCGCACUGACUGAAAAUGGUAUUCAGAGGAUAAUUCACGAGGCCUACGGGCGCGUCGUUAUCCAGGUUCGUACCGUCCGCUUUGGUAAUUUUCAGUCGCAGGUGUAGCAAAUCCAAAUAUUUUUCGCCGUCUCCGGGAAUGAAAAACUCUAUAGGCCCUGAGUCUGUAAUGGCCGAAAAAGGCAAAAUCUCUGCGUAGAGCUUUUCGUCUAUAGACAGCUGCGUCAUGGGGGCUGAAAAUAAAUCCAGCUCCGCCAUGCUGCACUCAGCCGAUUUGUGAUGUAAAAGAGCCAUGUUUUGUUUUUUGUUUAUGUUUUUGUUUUUGUUUUUUUUUUCUAAAAGAUAUCGCCGGACCUUAUCGCCGCUGCUGAGGGGCUCCGGGUAGACUUGUUUCCCUUAGCGCCUCUCGUGCCGACUGACUUACCCUUGGCGGAGCGUCGACGUUUUUUAGAUCCUCAUGAAACGCGCUCCCCCAGAGGUCUCUUUCCCGCUCUUCUGGCCAAAACCAUAAUACCCCCGGAUCCUUCUUGAGACGUCUGAUUAGAGUUUCGCGAUGGCAAAACCUUUUUUAACGAUAGGGGACACGAAACGGAAUAAUCUUGAAAAUAUAGACCCUAUCCCUCGUCCGUACAUGACGGGGGAGCCGUAAAAACCGGGGAGGGCUCCGCCCGCUUGGUUUUCAUAGUAGCUCACAAAACGACGAGGAUCAUGGUAAGGGUCAUGGUUUCAACGAGGUCUUUGCGGGUCUGAAAUGGAGUUUCACAAUAGUCUUGCCAAAGGUAAAGUUUACCGGCUUAUUUUGAUCGGUCUUAAUCUCAACGUGGAUUCUUUCAAUGUGUUUCUUGACGACCGGUAGAUACGAGGCGGGAUUAAAACACUUUGUGAUGACGUCUCCGUACGUCCCUUGUAUAGGGACGGUCCUCAAGAGCGGAGCGUAGGCGUCGCCUACGAGCUGAUGACUUACCACGUCGCUGUAGCAGUAAAGGUGGUAAUUCCCCACUUUUAUAUCGGCCGGGUGGGGCGCCAACCUGGCGUCGAACAUGAACCAUUCUCCCGAUUUCAUGCCCAAUAUGUAAGACGCGGGCAGAAAAACGCGCAGAUGAUACUGACCACCUGCCUGAAAUUCAAAUCUUUUUUGGAUGUUGUUAAACGCUAAAAAGAUGUCGCUGUCGACGACUCUAAGAUGUGUGUUUAGCUCGGCCCUGAGCUGCUCAAAGUUGGCGUAAUAUCCCCCUCUGAACCUUCAAUGGUUGACUACGGUCUCCCCGUCGGGUGUCGCGGGUUUCUUUCUCCACUCAAAGUAGGCCGUGUCUUGAGGAAUGUUAUGCCACGUGUGCGGGUACGAAAUCUCCGUCAAGGCCACUUGCCACGGGCCCUCCAAGUCAAUGUGUUGCGCCAAGUUGACGUGGAAACUGGAGCCGGUAUUAUUUUUAAAUACGUGCGCGCUGGCGUUGGAGGGCAGGGUAACGUAAAACCCCUCGCCGCCUGAGAUCUGAGACAUGAUGAAAUGAAUACGAAUCUGAUGUACGGCGCGCUCUUACAGAUUUUUCAGCUUGCCGACCUUGACCCAGCUGUUGAAUUUCUCGAGCCAGUUUUUCCAGCGUACCAGCGCUUGUUUUUCUCCGCCGCCGACGCGUCGGUCCAAAAUUUCUUCCACCCCGUAGCUCUUGUCUCGCGGCAUCUUUACUUUUUGCAGCUCCGCUUCGUAAAACGUACCCCGGAUAGGUUCUCCGUCAUAAUCUUAUAGUUUGUACACGGGGGGUACUCGGGGUACGCACUCGGCCACUGUAAACACCUCGUUGGUAUAACUCUGCUCGUAUUUCUUAUCAAACACGCCUCUCAUUUUAGAUAUUCUCACGAGAUCUCCCUGUUUAAAAUUCAUCUUUAACUUUUCUUGGAAGCUCAGGGGGAUCGAGCCGUACAGGUUUUGAAAAACUUGCAGGGUGUUCUCGGACGUCACUUGCAUAGGCAUCAUUUUUAUACUCAUGUGAUAGCCAUUAUUAUAGCUUUUAACCAAGUCCUGCAGGACGUCUACGUACCUGCGGGCGUUUUCGGCUGUAAAAUAUCUCCACAUUCUAGUUUUCAAUGUACGGUUAAAUCUCUCAAUCACCGAGGCCUUCAGAUCACUGGCCGUGGCGAAAUGUUUAAUACCGCGUUUACCCAUCAGCACCUUAAAAGUCCUGUUAAAGAAUUCUUUACCCGCGUCCGUUUGUAACUUUUCAGGGGUCUGACUGUCGUCUAAAACAGAGUCAAACGCCCUAGCGACUUGGGACGCCGUUUUGUUUUUUAGCGCUCGCAUGUACGCUUUCUUUGAAAACACAUCGAUGACUGUCAACAGAUAUUUAAAACCGUCGUUGUGCUCGGUCAAGGCUUACAUGUCACAGAGGUCCACUUGAAAUUGGUUCAGAGGUCGCGGUACAAAAACCCUAUUUCUGGGAAAAUGUAUUCUGGCAGGUUUAUGCAGAGUGUAUGCGUCUUGCUCGGCUAAAAAUUCUCUGACUCGGUCAGGGUUUACUCUUUUCCCCGUCUCAUCUUGUACGGCGCUGUGGAGUCGUUCGACUCCUCCUAAACUACCCGGGUGAGACAGGUUGUAAUAAACCUUUUUCAUGACACGUUUCUCUGACAUGUUGAAUCAAUAAUGAACACAACCGCUCGCUUACCAAAACAUUUAUUUUAAAAGUUAUACGAGGUAUAUACAUGAUUCACAUAUUUAAGAUAUACGAGGUAUAUACAUGAUUCAAACAUUUAAGAUAUACGAGGUAUACAUGAUUCAAACAUUUAAGUAAUACAAGGUAUACAUGAUUCAAACAUUUAAGAUACAGUAUAUGAGCUAUAUACAUGAUUCAAACAUUUAAGUUAUACGAGGUAUACAUGAUUCAAACAUUUAAGUUAUACGAGGUAUACAUGAUUCACACAUUUAAGUUAUACGAGGUAUAUACAUGAUUCAAACAUUUAAGAUAUACGAGGUAUACAUGAUUUAAACAUUUAAGAUAUAUGUGCUAUAGACAUGAUUCAAACAUUUAAGAUAUACGAGGUAUACAUGAUUCAAACAUUUAAGAUGUAUGAGCUAUAUACAUGAUUCAAACAUUUAAGAUACGAGGUAUACAUGAUUCAAACAUUUAAGAUAUACAUGCUUCAAACAUUUAAGAUAUAUGAGGUUUACACACUUCAAAACAUUUAAAUAU